AUGCGUGUCCGGUAUGACUUUACUUCUUGCCUCUUUAUCCUCUGCCCUCUCGCCCUCCUCCUGACUGCUCCCUGCCUGGCCGCAGUGGAGGGGGGCGCCGCCGCCGCGCCCUCGCCGCGCCAACUCGCUCCUACCGACCCUCGAGUGUCAUUCUCUAACCUCCGCGUCCAGAUCUCGCCCAAGGCCAUAGUGUCAGACGCAUGCGCCUCCUACUCGACCCUUGAGAAGCUCAACUCCAAGGUGAACCCCGCCAUCAACGACCUGACCCGCACCACCGACUUCUUCUCCCACUACCGUCUCAACCUCUUCCACAAGACGUGUCCCUUCUGGAACGACGAGAAUGGCAUGUGCGGCAACAUCGCCUGCGCGGUGCAGACGCUGGACAACGAGGAGGACAUCCCGAUGGUAUGGCGGGCGAGCGAGCUGGGCAAGCUAGAGGGCCCGCGGGCGAAGCACCCGGGCAAGUCGGCGCGCAGGGAGCACGCCGAGAAGCCGCUGCAGGGCGGCCUGGGCGACAACGUCGGCGAGAGCUGCGUCUUCGAGUACGAUGACGAGUGCGACGAGCGCGACUACUGCGUGCCAGAGGACGAGGGGGCGAGCUCCAAGGGCGACUACGUCAGCUUGCUCGAGAACCCCGAGCGGUUCACCGGGUACGCCGGAGACGGCGCCGCGCAGGUCUGGGACGCCGUGUACCGCGAGAACUGCUUCCAGAAGAGUUCCUUCCCGCAAUCUGCCCAGCUGGGCACCUCGUCCAAGGACAACGGCCCGGCGGCGCUGGACUUCAAGCACGUGCUCGACGCGGCCGGGCGGCAGCAGGUCCUGGAGAGCCAGCGGCAGGUCAAGCCCGACAUACCGUUCGUGGCCAAGACGGGCCUCGAGGCCGAGGACGAGUGCAUCGAGAAGCGCGUCUUCUACCGCGUCAUCUCGGGCAUGCACGCCUCCAUCAGCACGCACCUCUGCUGGGACUUUCUGAACCAGACGACGGGCGAGUGGACGCCCAACGUGGCGUGCUACAAGGCCCGGCUGCACCGGUUCCCCGACCGCAUCAGCAACCUGUACUUCAACUACGCGCUGCUGACCCGCGCCGUCGCCAAGCUGGGCCCGCACCUGGCCGGGGGCUACACCUUCUGCACGGGCGACCGCGGCCAGGACGCCUCGACGCGCGCCAAGGUGCUGGCCGUCACGGAGGCGGCCUCGUCCGUCCCGCAGAUCUUUGACGAGUCGCUGCUGUUCAAGAACGGCGAGGGCCCCUCGCUCAAGGAGGACUUCCGCAACCGGUUCCGCAACGUGAGCCGGCUCAUGGACUGCGUCGGCUGCGACAAGUGCCGCCUCUGGGGCAAGCUGCAGACGGCGGGCUACGGCGCCGCGCUCAAGGUGCUCUUCGAGGCCGACAACCACAAGGAGUCGGGCGAGGCCGUGGUCCCCGCGCUCAAGCGCACCGAGCUCGUCGCCCUCUUCAACACGUACGCCCGGCUCAGCAGCUCCAUGAGCGCGAUCCAGAAGUUCCGCGCCAUGGUCGAGGAGCAGGAGCUCGCGGCCGGCGCGGGCGCGGCCGUCGCCGCCGACGGCAAGGCCGACGCCAUCGAGGGCGGGCACAACGUCAUCCCGGACCGGGCCAAGAAGCCGCACCACGUGGUCGUGCCGCCCGAGACGACGGAUAACCCGGCCGCGGCGCUGGACGACUUUGAGGGGCUCGAGGACGACGACGCGCCGCUCGAGACGGAGGCGCAGCGGCGCCGGCGGGAGCGGCUCGAGAGGACGCUCGCGCAGACGUUCUGGGACGAGCUGUCGCUCGUGUGGAGGGCGUACAAGCUCGUGCUCAAGAGCUGGGCCGGCAUGCCGGGCUUGCUGUAUACUAUCGUCACAUCGGAGCUUCAGCGGGCGUGGCAGUACUACAUCGGCCUGCCUGUCGCCCCGCGGAGGUGGAAGAUCGAGCGGCCCAAGCUCGAUGAGCUGUGA